UCGAGAACGCCAAACCAAAUACUUACCAAUGAAGGUACAAGCUAGUCUACCUGUUCUUCUGUUUGUCGCACAAGUUCACGCGUCACCUCCGAAAACAUGUAUGAAACAACCGUAUAUCGGUAGCUGUCACCCAUUGCAUGGUUUUUGGUACUACAACCCUAAUACAUAUUCCUGUAUAGCGGUGCCACCAGGCACUUGCGCCUCUGGCAGAAAUUUGUUCCCCACACUCAGUGUGUGUGAGAAAACCUGUAUUCCCCUAACGCUGAAAAAGGCAAAAGUAUGCCUCAAGCUACCCAUCGAAGGCCCGUGCGGACCAGUAUAUGUCUCUUGGUACUAUGAUUACGGCAGCCACCAAUGCAAAAUGUUCAACCGUACCAUCUGCGGUGGCGGAGCCAACGAUUUUGUGACAGAAGAGAGGUGCCAGGCCAUUUGCCUACGAAAGCACAGACCAUUGUGCAGCUUGCAGCCAAAGCCUGGAAAGUGCCUGGUUGUCAAACUACGCUGGUACUUUGACGACUCGAGUAACAGGUGUCGCGAAUUCGCAAAUGAUCGUUGUGGCACAAAUGACAAUGCAUUUGUAUCGAUGCGAAAAUGUAUGGAAAGAUGUAGCUAUAUGAAAGCUGCGACGGGAUCCAUAACUAUCCAGCACACUACACAGAAUCAGCGGCCAACACGGAAUAAAACUGGCGAAUCUGGCCUCGCAAACCUCAUACUUACUUCCUGAAUCGUAAGCUUGGAAAGCUUGUGCGAAUCAGAAAACUUGUCUGGAAGAACUGGAUUCUUAGAAUGUAUGACUGCAAGACUGUCCCCAAUAUAAAAAGCUUUCAUUUUAAAGACUACCUCAUAAAAAAUAAAAUUCCACUUUGCAAUUGCUAACUGCAUCUUUCUUUAUUUCGACGUGCGCUUUCCUUCAGUCAAAUACCGACCUUGUAAGCUACGCAGACCAACCAACUUACGCAUUUGUCUUUUGACCUGCAGGUUUCCUUUUUUUUUGUCGUUAUUAUGCAGCAUGAUUGAUGCUGCCGAUACUCAUCUGCACUGCAGACCAAUAAUCGGCACAGAAGGUUGAACGUUUGCGCAAGUUAGUUCUGCGUAUUCCGGAACGUAACAGCACACUUUCGGAAUGGAAAAAGUUCACCGAC